AUGAGUGCAAACAAAUUGUCAUCUAAUCGGUCGACCAAUAGUUCCGGUCCUUCUUCGCCACAGAACAUGGAUUUCAAUAAAUUGGAGCCAAAUUUGUCGACAAAUCCUAUAAUGAAUGAAUUCAAAGUUUAUAACCAAAAGUCCUAUCCUAUAGUCUACGGAGAACUCGUGAUUCUUGGAUACAAUGGAGGCCUUCCUCAGGGAGAGAGAGGCCGCCGGAAAAGCAAAUAUUUGUUAUAUAAGAGACCCAAUGCUAACGGAAUUAAGAAAUCCAAACACUAUGUCGUAAAACAGCCGCAAUCGACACGAGCCAUUCAAGAUAAGGCUCAGCACUCGAUUUCCUACACACUUUCCCGAUCUCAAGCCAUUAUAGUUGAAUACCAAUCAGACGAUGACACCGAUAUGUUUCAGAUCGGUCGUUCAUCUGAAAGUCCGAUUGACUUUGUAGUGAUUGAUACACUGGUGUCCGACCCAAACAAGACUAACAACGAGAAACUUGUCCAACAAAGCACUAUAUCUCGUUUUGCGUGUCGUAUACUAAUAGAGCGCUCACCGCCUCAUAGGGCCCGCAUAUAUGCCGCCGGUUUUGAUUCGUCACGAAAUAUAUUUUUAGGAGAAAAGGCAACGAAAUGGCAACAAAACGGGGAAAUCGAUGGUUUGACUACAAAUGGAGUGCUAAUAAUGCACCCGAAGUCCAAAUUUUCCAGCUGUCCGUCAACUGAGUCACCGAAUCAACAGUUUGGGGGCAUUUGGAGAGAAGUUUCCGUUUGUGGGGAAAUAUAUUCAGUCCGCGAAACUCGUUCUGCGUCUACAAAGGGAACCAAAAUUGACAACGAGUGCAAUGUUCUAACGGACGGAACUCUCAUCGAUCUGUGCGGUGCGACACUCAUCUGGAGGUCAUCCGAAGGACUGACCGCUUCUCCCACUAAAAAGCAUUUGGAAGAAAUGAUUGACGAACUCAAUGCCGCCCGACCUCAAUGUCCUGUAGGUCUGAACACACUUGUGAUACCACGAAGAAAUGGGUCGCUCACCGAAGCCGACAAACAACCCUAUGUUUAUCUGAAUUGCGGUCACGUUCAGGGACUGCACGAUUGGGGUCAGAACCGCAACACCAACGGUCGCACCUGUCCCAUGUGCCUCGAUGUUAGCCCCGUUGCCAAACUCACUAUGGGUACCGAACCCUCUCUAUAUGUCGACAACGCUAGACCUAACUUCGGCUUCAAUCCGUGCGGUCACAUGACUACAGACAAGACUGCGAGGUAUUGGUCUCAAGUGCCUAUACCUCACGGCACCAAUGGUUUCCACGCCAUGUGUCCCUUCUGUGCCACACCAUUACAGGGCGAUUGGGGUUUCAUUCGUCUCAUAUUUCAGGAUCACGUCGACUGAAACAUAUAUUUUUCCCUUAAUUUAUUGAUUUUUAUAUUUUGCAAACAAAAUCAUUGAUCACAACAUUUUGCAAACAUUCUGUGAUUUAAUCAUUAUUUUGUCGCUAUAUAUGUCAUGAAUGGAAACAGUAUUUUAUAUAAAUACCAAUCAUUUGUCUCUCAAAUUGGAU